AUGAGUGGAUACUUGGGCAGCUUGAGCGCUCGUCAACAAGCCGCGCUGGACCAGUUCCGACAUGCCGUGGCAGACGUGAAGCGGCCUUCGCACACGGAUGCAUUCCUGCUGCGCUGGCUACGCGCGCGGGACUUCGACGUGACGAAGGCCGAGCGAAUGUACCGUCACGACCUCGAGUGGCGGAAGGAAAACGGCGUCGACGACAUGCUGCAACGCUACGAGACACCGGAAAUUGUGAGGGAAAACUUUCCCGGAGCCAUCUUGCACCCGUGCAGGGACGGCAGGCCCAUGUGGUUGGUACCAGCCGGGCUGGAUAUAAAAGCAUUCGUAGCCGCACUGACGCCGGCCAAGGCGCAGAGGCACAGCGUCUGCUUGCUGGAGUACAUGGAAUCGCUGAAGCGCUCGUCCGGAAGGGAGGCGGGCCAAGAAUUGGAAAAUCAGUACCUCGUCAUUGACUUGGACAAGUUCAGCCUCCGUCAAAUUUACAGCUGGCAGGCCAUAAAAUCGAUCACGGACAUGCUGAAAAUGAUGGAGGACCAUUUUCCAGAGUGCCUCGAGAAGUGCAUCUGCAUUAACGCUCCCAACUUCUUCCCCCUCCUGUGGAAACUGAUCCGUCCCAUGAUGACCCAUCGGACGGCCGACAAAGUGAAAGUCUACGGCAAGGACGGCUGGAAAGAAGUUCUCCUCGACAUCAUUGACGCUGAUAAGCUUCCCGCCCAUUGGGGUGGAAACAUGGUGGGGCCCGGCAACGACCCAAGAUGUAGGCACAAGGUUGGUUCGUAG